AUGGAGUCGAGAGAAGUAGACCGGAGCAAGAAGACUGAAGUCAGUGAGGCCAACUUCUACUUCUUUGUAGAAGCUAUAAUUGCCUUGUUUGUGUCCUUCAUUAUCAACCUGUUUGUGGUGUCAGUGUUUGCUGAAGGACUUUACAACAAGACCACAGAAGAGAUUAUGAUGGCAUCGUGUACGUGCGCAAACUUCCUCCUCGUUGCCAUAGCAACAUGUGUCCACUCCCAGGAUGCUUUGACUGUUGACAGAAGUGACGUCAAUCUUGGUGCGUCUUGUGCCUCUUGGAACUCCUCUGCAGACCUCGACCAGCUGGUCAGUAUGUUCUAUGGCGGAUUGUUCCACACAGAGGAGCAGAUUAAGAAGAAGGAGCGGGAUUGGCGGGAAAGCCACAAAUCAAAAUGGGGUCUUCGGCCGUGGAGAGAGCGUCUUUCGUUGCGGGAAAGAUGGUUUGCCAAUUCGGGCCACGACUAUGACCAAUGUUGUCCAACUGAGAAGUAUCACGAUAAUAAGACCAAACUGCUGAAUUCGAUGGGUCAGGAGAGGAUCAUAUUGCAUCUGCCUCACGCCGUCCCCGCAAGGUACCAGUGGUAUCCCCAGGCUCGUUGUGGUCACAGACACACUGGGGCCUGUUUCGGGAAGUGCCGACUGGAGACCAUCACUGUCUGUCUCCUGGUGUACCCUCUCAGCGGACCCCCGUUUCCCCCCGAAUUUGACUGGUUUCACGUUCCUGGAUACUGUUCAUGCAAGAGUAACUGAGAGAGACACAGUCAGUGAGUGAGUGGGUUUUACGCCACUUUUAUCAACAUUCCAGCAAGAUCACGCCUGGGGGGACACGAGAAAUGGUCUUCACACGUUGUACCCAUGU